AUGCAAUUAGAGAUCCCGUUUUCUUUUGAAGCCUCGUUUGAAAAGAAAACGAGAGAACUUUCUUCUCCCGCCUCCGAGCCAAGAGACGAGGAGGCCGCCUACGGCGCGGGCGGCUACGGCGGCGGCGGCGGCCACCUGGUGAUCGCGGGCGGUGGCGGCGGCAGCCACGGCCCGUCGGCGGCCGACCUGGCGCAGAGGCAGCUGACGCGGGAUACCAGCAGCCGCCUGGAACGCAGCGCAGGCGGCGUCGAAGCAGGUGGCAGCGCAGGCAGCGCAGGCAGCCACCAGGCACAGGCUGCCGCCGCGGCCAAGUACGCCCAGGCGCAGGCGGCGGCAGGUGCGGCCUUCGGCGAGUCGGCCAACGCCGCGAAGGCCGCCACGACGGUGCAGUCGGCCGAGGCCUUCGAGCAGUGGGCGCUCGACCAGGCGGCCACGCUCUCGCGCGCCCGCAGCUACGACCUCGGCGCCGCGCUGCAGGCAGCCAGCAAGGCCUCGUCCGCCGCCAAGACGGCCUACCUCAGGGCCAAAGGUACCGGUCACGGCGGCCUCGGCUACGGCACCAGAGCUGGUUCUGGCAGCGGCUUCGGCUUCGGAGAAGGAAACGGAGGAGGCGGUGGUGGCUACGGCCAUUGA